AUUUUUUAGGCGCACCGCAACACAAGCGCCACGCUCAAAAUCUACCCUAAUUAUUUUUAAGCGUGUUAUUUUCAGUGUUAAUGCAACAACUUCGGGUCUACAAAAGGAGAAAAAGCAAAAAGGUGUAUUAACAAUGCCAAUAAAUUCUUAGCAGCGUUUUCUGUAAUUUUAAGUUACCUUUACUCUCCUGCUACUCCGAACGACUGAACCAACUGAUAAAAUGAUUCUGCAUAUAAACAAAAGAAAAACUUUUGCACCUGUACCAAAUGUUGCCUUCCCCCUAGUCAUUACUAUAGCUUUAAGUGUAGGGUUUGGUCAGACUAUUGAGAUUAAUCCGGGUAAAUGUCUCGUUUGGGGUCCUGGAUUGAAUCCUGAUGUUGUGCUUCCUGUCCGGUACUUUUACAUACAAACUGUUGAUUCACAAGGGGAAAACAUCACCCUCUCUCCAGAUAAAGACUCUUUUAAAGUGAAGAUUUCCUCACUGGAAAAGGAGUAUCUUCGAAUACAUGUCCCAGCACCCUUGGAUCGGGGCGACGGCUCCCUUCUUGUCAGAUACCGCCUCUAUGGAAGUACUUUGAAGGGAUUAAAGAUUGAAGUUUUGUACCAGGACAAGCAAGUGGCAAAGUCACCAUACACUCUUAACGGUCCCAUUUAUCAUGAAUACUGUGACUGUCCAGAGUCUGAUGUGGCAGCCUGGCAGAGGGUUAUGCAGUGUCCACAGGAAGACCCACAAAUUCAAAAGGAUUUCAGUUCAUUUCCAUCUAUUGACCUGCAGCAGCUCCUGCAGGAGGUUCCAACACGCUUUGCAAAGCGAGGAGGACUCAUUCACUACACCAUUUUAAACAAUCAGGUGCAUCGGCGGUCACUCGGGAGGUACACUGAUUUCAAGAUGUUCUCUGAUGAGAUACUGCUGUCCCUCGCUCGAAAAGUAAAAUUGCCUGACGUGGAGUUUUAUAUUAAUGUAGGAGACUGGCCAAUGGAGAACCGAAAAGUGAAUGACAAUCCUGGACCAGUGCCUGUUAUUUCAUGGUGCGGCUCCACUGAAACGCGGGAUAUCAUACUUCCCACAUACGACAUCACACAUUCAUCCUUAGAGGCAAUGAGAGGGGUAACAAAUGACCUGCUGUCGGUGCAGGGGAACACAGGUCCCACAUGGUCAGACAAAAUGAACAAAGCGUUCUUUAGAGGCAGGGACAGCCGUGAAGAACGUUUGCGUCUGGUCACCAUGUCUAAAGAAAAUCCAGAGCUGCUCGAUGCAGGAAUAACAGCUUACUUUUUCUUUCGCGAUCGGGAGAAGGAUCUUGGAAAAGCACCUCUGGUUGGCUUCUUUGACUUUUUUAAGUACAAGUACCAAGUGAAUGUGGAUGGGACUGUGGCGGCCUACAGAUUUCCAUACUUGAUGCUGGGCAACAGUUUGGUCUUAAAACAGGACUCACCAUACUACGAGCACUUUUACACACAUCUGAAACCAGGUGUACACUACAUUCCUGUGAAGAGGGACCUUUCUGACCUCAUCGAGAAGAUUAAAUGGGCCAAGAGCAACGACACAGAGGCAGAAGCCAUAGCCAGGAGAGGACAGUCAUUGGUGAGAGAUCUGCUUCAACCUCAUAGACUUUACUGCUACUACUACAAAGUGUUUCAGACCUAUGCAGAUCGUCAGAGCAGUCGGCCUGCUGUUCAUCCUGAUAUGGAAAUAGUGCCUCAGCCAACAGAUCAAACUGCUUUGUGUAACUGUAAGAGAGCAGAAAAUCAGAAACCACAGAAAGAUGAGCUCUGAGGUCAGUCCAAACCCUCACAGUUCCUUUUCCACCAAAGAUUAACUUACAAAAUGAUGCCACAAGCGACACAAAAGUCUAAUAGAUCUGAAAGGAAAAUCAAACACUCAGUGACACUGAAUCAGAAUAGUUUGUGUUCGAUGUACUUUCAAAGAAUAAGGGAUGGACUGUUUCAUUUGAAGCAAAAAGAUAAAAAAAAAUAUCUGUACCCAUGCAUUACACACUUUUUUUUGUUUUAUUUACAUUUUGCACAUUAUUUACUUAAGAAUCCAUUCACAUUGCAUAUAUGAGUUGAAUUGAGCAAUCAAAUACUUAUCUUUUAAUCCCUUGUUUAUCCUUACUAGGCUUCAUCAGUAUGGAAACCAAGGUUAAUGAAUAUAUAUUUUGAAACAUUGCACAAAAAAAGUCUGUGAAACCUGUGAAUAGGCUACAUUUAGUUUACCAGUGGAAGCUAAGCAUUAUACUCAUUUCCUAACACUACACUCAUAAACUUAAACAUGCUUGAAAAUAUUGCAUUCUAUGACCGCUCAGAGUGGACUGCUGAAUUAUGGUGAUGUGAUAUAUGUGUGUGUUUGACUUGUGGAGAUCUUUUAGAAAUAUAAACAAUCAUUGUGAAGUUGCCUUAAUUCUAUACACAUUCCAUUUGUUUGCAAUCUCCAUUUGUGUCAAACAGGUGUUUUUGUGGUAGUGUGACAUUGUUAUGCCAACAAACUUGUUUUAAUGAAAAAGAAUAACAAUGCUGUUUCUUAAUAAACGCUCUUCAGUCAUUUAA